AUGGAUGUUCAGGAAUCUAAAAGGUUAAGUCGAUAUAGCAAUGAGCAAAAAAUACUCGUGGUCGGAGAAGGAGAGUUUUCAUUUUCUUUGUCUUUAGCAAAAGCCUUGGGUUCUGCCACCAACAUCACUGCAAUAUCGCUUGAUAUUCGAGAGGAUCUAGGGCGUAAUUACAACAAUGGAAAAGGGAACGUGGAAGAGUUGGAGAGACUUGGUUGCACUGUGGUCCGUGGUGUUAAUGUACACUCCAUGAAAUCAGACGAUCGCUUAGCUCAUUACGACAUAAUCAUCUUUAAUUUUCCUCAUGCAGGGAAACGCAAUAAGGUAUUUGGAGGAUUUAUGGAGAGUGCAAGAGAGAUGAUGAAAGACGAAGAUGGAGAGAUUCAUAUCACUCUAAACACACUAAACCCAUUUAACAAGUGGGAUUUAAAGGCUCUAGCUGAAGAAAGUGGUUUGCGUUUAAUCCAGAGAAUGCAAUUCAUUAAAUGGGCAUUCCCAAGUUCCUCCAACAAAAGAGAAAGUGGAAGUAAUUGUGAUUUUAUAUAUCCUAUCGGAUCAGCUAUCACUUACAUGUUUAAGAAAUAG